AUGGCCCAAUGCAAAGACACCCAGACCUCCAGCUCAGAGGGCUGGAUGCCCCCAGCGACCCCCCGAGCCCUGCCCUUAGGGCAAGCCAACAUCUACCCGCUGGGCGAGCCACACGCCGUCAGUGUAUCCCUGCCAAAAUGGGACUCGAUCAUCGCACAGUCCCGCGGUGAGAAGUGGGUGGUGGAUCAGCUUGAAUGGAGCUAUCCGCGAUUCCAUAUCAACAAGCCGGUGCAGGACCUCUCAGAUGCAGUCCUCCACAGGCUUCAAGUCUCCACCGAUUGCCGAUGCAUGGUUUUCGCCUCAGUCGCUGCUGCCUCUGAAUGCCUUGAAGCCCUCCGGAGGAGCGACGAGCAGAAGUCCUUCACCGAGACGGUCCGCUUCUUCAUGCCCGCCGAGUCCAACAGCAAUGGGAUUGCAGGACCCCAUUGGGCGAACUUCUCUGCCGUCCUCCUUGCGCCGGAUCUCUGGGACGAGGCCAUGGCCUACUGGCGAGACUCGGGCAACGGUUUGUCCACGCGGCAUGCGGAGUAUAUCCUGACGGAACUCGACUAUCUUGACUCCGACUGCGCGGGCAUGCUGGAACUCCGCACCCCUGCUCUGAGAAAACGUGGGGGUGGGAUCUGCCGAGAGAUUCCCGCAUCGUAUCAAAAGAUCCAGGCGGCAGAGUCCAGCUUCUCGGAGCUGCGUGAUGCUCUGGCUCGUCUUGCAAGCUCCAAUAGGCCCGGCGAGCCGCCUGUACAGCCCGACGAUGUAUUCUUGUUUCCGACUGGCAUCAAUGCCGUAUACUCGCUGUCCGAGUGCCUGGCGGGCUCGGACAAGACCGCGACCGUCGCUGCCUUUGGAUGGCUGUACACCGAAACCGUUGGCAUCCUCCGCCGAGGCUCCUGGGGCGAGGUCCUCUCGUACAAAUCCGGCAGCGAGAAAGAGCUCGAGAGCCUAGCGGAAACCCUACGCUCAGGCAAAAAGGUCCAUGCCCUCUUCUGCGAGUUCCCGAGCAAUAUCCUCCUGUCCUGCCCGGACCUGCGACGACUCCGCGAGUUGGCCGAUGAAUACGGAUUCAUCAUCGCCUGUGAUGACAGCGUCGUGGGCUACGUCAAUCUGGACGCACUACCGUUUGUGGACGUCAUGGUUUCUAGUCUGACGAAGACAUUUAGCGGAAGCUCGAAUGUCAUGGGGGGGAGUCUGGUGGUGAACCCGUCCUCCAAGCACCGCACAACCCUCCGCUCCGCCCUUUCAGCACACCACAAGAAGGCCCAAAUCACCUACUUCCCCCUCGACGCCGCAACCCUCCUAGCAAACAACAAGACAAUGCACCAGCGCAUCAAGCAAUGCAACGAAAACACCCUCCCGCUUGUCCGCCUGGUUUCCGCACACCCGUCCAUCUCAGCAGUCCACCACCCGUCCACAGCGCCAACAGCGCACAACUACGAGGCCAUGAUGCGCAAGACCGAGCCCGCAGGCUACGGCAACAUCCUGAGCAUCGUGUUCCGCGACCCGCGCAGCGCAGAGCACUUCUUCAAUGUCCUGCAGGUGUGCAAGGGGUCGAGCUUCGGGACGAACUUUACGGUUGCGGUGCCGUACGUGCAUCAUGCGCUUUACUCGAAGAGGGAGAAGGUCCCGCGGUAUGGAGUUCCCGCGCAUAUCAUUCGGGUGAGUGUUGGGUUGGAGGAUGGGGGGGAGUUGGUGGGGGUUAUGGAGGAGGCGUUGAGGGAGGUUGAGCGGUUUGAGGGGGGGAGUGCAGGUGCCCGUGGAGUGGAAGAUGUGCUCAAUUGA